CGGUUUUCCUCUUAUUGGUCGAGCCGUAUGCUGAUUUGAGAGACAGAGACGGUUAGUUUGCUCCCAAACCCCGUCAGUCUGUCAGUGGUCUGGAAAUGCCAAAGCGCCUCCUCGCUGCUCACGCGCUCACACACAAAGCAGAGGGUUCCGGUGGCGCGAGCUGGAACGAUCCACAGAUGCCGCUUCUUCGUUUAGGCGCUUAACUGCUCCUUAAAAAAAACGUCGAGGAAACCUCUUGUCCUCCGACGUUAUUUUUUUUUUCGUUUUUUUUUGGUUUGAGCGUUUAGACACGGGAUUGUUUUGUGAUGGGUGGCGGAAACGAAUCGCGGAUUUUUUCUCUUUUUAUGGAGACCAAAGUGAGCAGAUUCCCUACUGUUGAAAGCAAGUUUUACCUUGAUAAGCAAACGGUGGAACAGAGGAUUCUUUAGGGGCGAAGGAUACUUACUCAAGAGAAUAACACUUUUUUUUCACACACAGUUUUCCCAACAGAAAGGGAGUCUUCUGGUCCGCAACAUUGGAUUUUACAUUUUGUUUGACUGACGCAGCGUCGUUUCGGAGUAUCGUAUUUGGAGAUUCCAGUCCUUUUACUCUACGUUUCGGGGGAAGAAACUAUAUCUUAAAAAGCAGAAACCCGGUGCGAGACGCAGUUAUGGAGAUGGCAAUGAAAUAAAGCCCGUUUCUCCAGGUCAGAUGACCGCUUCCACUCGUUCUCCAAUCUGACCACCUUAUUUAUGACAUGGAAAAACGGGGACUCCACAGCGUCCUUUAUUAUUUCAUUCUGAAUGCGCCCCUGCUAUUUUGUGUAAAUGCCACAUUUACUGAAGUGCCCAAAGAUGUGAGCGUCGGUGAGGGCGAGGACAUAGAGAUGCCGUGCGCUUUUCGAGCCGUCGGAGUCUCGCCGUUCUCUCUGGAGAUUCAGUGGUGGUACCUCAAGGAAGCGGCCCCUAAGGAGCUCGCUCACGAACUGCAAAUUAGCGCUCCGGCCAACAGAGCCAAGGUUGCCCACCGGGACGCCACGAAAAUAAGCACGGUGAGGGUCCAGGGCAACGCUAUUUCCCACAAGCUCAGCCUAUCGGGCGUGCGGAAGGAGGACGAGGGAGUGUAUGAGUGUCGGGUUUUGGACUUGUACUCUGAUGAGACUCAGGAAUACAAGGUGCAGGCCACUCUGCGCGUGACACCCCGCGAGGGAAUGCUGGCCGAGGAGGCCGUGUCUCACAUCCAGAACCGAUGGCCGCUGAGGAACAGCAACACAGCGACGGGUGGACGGGCCACUUCCGAGCCGGGCCAGGGUCAGGGAAAACCAGGCGUGCCUCCGCCGGUUGGAAUAGGACCCGCUCCCCCUUCGACGACUACGACAGGCUCCGCAGACAAGUCGUCAGCUUCGCCUCGGCCGGGCAACUCGUCUAUCCUGAGACAACAGCACGGAUCCGGUUCCGGAACCAUGGCAAUCACUGAGCCACUCCUUUACAUCACCCUGCUGAUCCUGCAUAAGCUCCUCCCCUUCCUGUUUGCCUACUAAGAGACCACAGCCAAACAACUGAUGAUUUCACUUUAUGUACCAAACGAACAAAGGGAAAAUAUAACUACAUAUAUAUAUAUAUAUAUAUAUAUAUAUAUAUAUAUAUAUA